GCCUCAAUCUCUCUCUCUCUGUCUCUCGAGCUUCGCUAUUUUGAAAAAUUAACCCAAAAUGGCUUUGCCGAAUCAGCAAACUGUUGAUUAUCCAAGCUUCAAGCUUGUAAUUGUUGGUGAUGGUGGUACAGGAAAGACCACAUUCGUUAAGAGGCAUCUUACCGGAGAGUUUGAGAAGAAAUACGAGCCAACUAUUGGCGUGGAAGUGCACCCGUUGGAUUUCUUCACUAACUGUGGCAAAAUAAGAUUCUAUUGCUGGGAUACAGCUGGUCAAGAGAAGUUUGGUGGUCUUCGAGAUGGAUACUACAUCCAUGGUAAUUGUGCUAUCAUCAUGUUUGAUGUCACUGCUCGGUUGACAUACAAGAAUGUCCCUACGUGGCACAGGGAUCUUUGCAGGGUCUGUGAAAACAUUCCAAUUGUUCUUUGUGGAAACAAGGUGGAUGUGAAGAACAGGCAGGUGAAGGCAAAGCAGGUUACCUUUCACAGGAAGAAGAACCUGCAAUACUAUGAGAUUUCAGCUAAGAGCAACUAUAAUUUUGAGAAGCCAUUCUUGUACCUUGCCAGAAAACUUGCUGGGGAUCCGAACUUGCAUUUUGUUGAGACUCCUGCCUUGGCUCCCCCAGAAGUGCCUAUCGACCUUGUAGCCCAAGCACAGCAUGAGGCUGAACUUGCUGCUGCUGCUAGUCAGCCUCUUCCAGAUGAUGACGAUGAUGCAUUUGAAUAAAGAAUAGAAGGGGCUUUGUCAUUGUUGGAGUGAGAGGCUUUGAUUAUAUGGUUUCAAGGAUAUGGAUUUAUGUCCUCUGACUUGUAUGAGUAUAAAUUGAGUGGUUUCAGGUCUCUGCCUGACCUCUUUGUUUUGAGUUGCUCAUUUCAUCAUUUUCCAGGGGAGUGUCUAGCUUUGUGCAUUCCAUCCCCGUACCUACGGUUUUAUACUGCUGAUUGAUGUCUGUAGGAUGCUUAGUGUUGCUCUAUAUCCUUAAUUUGCAAGCGUUGUGCUGAUUAAUGAUUAAAAUCACGGCCUUUUCAAUGAGUGC